AUCGCAAGCCUUGAAUUUUAAUUCCCUUCUGUUAUGAUAAGCUGUUAUCGGAUUCGGUAUUAAAACCGAGAUGCAUGUUCGCAAGAUAAGCUUCCUUUAAUCGCUGAAAGCAGCAUUUUGUUGCUUUCGGUUGUCUGCCAUAUUAACUUAAAAAUGAGACAUACAUAAUAUUCGUAAAAUAUUUCUCUAAUUUCGUGAUUUUGAAUUUGUUGUUCGUCGUUCUGGUUCUCAAAUAAAGUGCUUACUUGUUCAGGAUGUCAGGUAAUAUGUAUGGUGAUCCCGGCAGACAGAUGCACUGGCUGAGCCCUUACGAAACAGACAACGUCUCAGAAACUGCCUCACAGUAUUCUGAUUUUGGAGGUUAUCGUAGACCUCGUGCACCCGAUCUCCUUCAACGCCUGCGCAAACUAUACACUGAUCAGUUGUACACUGACGUAAAGUUUGUGGUGAGUUGUGGCAUCAAACCGAAACCGGAACUGCGAGCUCACAAGGCUGUUCUGGCCAUUGGAAGCCCUGAGUUUGCAAAAAUGCUUUUCAGCAACGUUCCGCAAGAUGCAGGACGACCCGUUAUCUCCGAAUAUGAAAUAAAGAAUGUCCCUUUUGAGGCUUUCAGGAAUGUUGUUGAAUAUCUCUAUACCGAUGAUGUGUAUUUUGAAGAUAAUGCACUCGUUGUACAAACAAUGGCGGCUGCAAAGAAAUUUCAGGUCCAAUCCUUAGUGAACAGAUGCGAGUCUUAUUUCGAGUCUGCUGAAAUUUCAGAAGAUAAUGCCAGUAGUAUUUAUCAAAUGGCCAUUGAUAACAAGAUGGAAGGUUUGAAGGCCCGCUGUGCGCUGUUUAUCCAAGACAAUACACGUGACGUUAUCAGAUCAGAUGCCUUCAAAAAUUCAACUUUGUCUACUGUUCGAACCAUCUGCAAGUUGCCAAGGUUGAACCUGAGCUCUGAAGAAGAGCUGUUUGAAGCCAUACUGGAGUGGGCAGACUUGCAGCCGGGGGCGAAAGUUUCGAAGCGGGACAUUCUGCUUCCUCUGUUAAGAACCAUUCACUUCCUGAGUAUUUCAGCGAUGAAGUUCACGCAGCUCGUGAAGAGAUGCCCGGACAUAUUUACAGCAGAAGAAGCCAUGCACGUAGUGAUGCACCUGGCAAAUCCAAAUUCAGCGACCUUGGCAAAGCUGCCGACGUGGUUCAACAAAGGACCGAACCGUUGCGUCAAUAAACCACUUAUAGAAAGAGCCCCACCAAGACAGCCAAGUACUGACAGAAAACUGAGGAUUUCCCUUAGACCCUUCGCCAGAGGAUCUUUGAGCAGUUUGAUGAGUAUCCUGGAAUUAAAAUGUCUUGAAGGACAAUAUCAUAUCAAAGCGCUGAAGCUGGCCUUCGGGGACCCUGUAACGGAGCAGAGUUUCAUCCCGCACAUGGUUAUAACAGUUACUUGUGAAAAUAACAACUACACUUUCAAGGAGCACAUUAAAAUACAGAAUUCGAAAGAAGUUGUUGUACCGUUUACCAAAUCUAUAUUUAUGUAUGCAAGUCAGAAAGUUCAGAUUACAGCAGAAGCCAAUGAAGUUAAGAAUUACAAGUUCUUACAAUUCGAUGAGCAGAACUCCUUCACGGAGCGCAGUCCAUUUGAGUGCAGUCUUGGGAGUUUUCCGAAGGAGAACCGGUUGUUCUUUAUUAGUGAGGUGAUCUACAGGAAUUUGCCCAGAGAGAGACCCAGAAGGUCCAGGAAUUUCCAACGAAGUAAACAAAAUAAAUGAUAGAUGGAUCAUUCACGUAUGGGUAGUGAUGUUAGCAUUCAUUUAAGUUUUAUACAGUCCGGAGGUCUCAUAUUACUAUCUUGGAAUCAUUGAAAAGCGCUGUUAAAGCUGCUUAAUGGAUGCAGUACUUUAUAACAGCUGUAUACGAUGAAUGAACUUGAUGAAGUAAUUUUUAUAUCGCUAUUAUGAUAUUGUUAUGCAAAAAUAAAUGACAGUUUCCUAUUUUCAUAAAAAAGUUUUGGGCAUAAAGCACACGCAUAGACACUUAAAUUAAAUUAUCCAAACUAAUUUUAAAUAAAUGAAUAGCAUACAAAUCAAUGAAGUGCAUGAUUAAAUUAUCUAUGAAUUAAUAGAUUAUGUAUUGUAUUGAUAUGUAUUAUGAAUUAAUAGAUAUGUAUGUAUUGUAUAGUAUUGUAUUGAUGGAGGAGAUGUGUUUAAUUUAUUCAAUAGCGGUAACAAAAAGUCUCAUCAUUACGUGAACAGCCCAGAACAUUUCCCUAGUUUUUAAAGAAAAGAAAAGAA